AUGAACGUUUUAGACUCGGCUGGCCUUUACAACCCUGAGCGCUGCCCUGCAUACGGCUCCUUCUUCAGCGCCAUGAGAUGCGCAGCCGUCAUCUUUACCGUGUUCGGUGCCUCCUAUGGCACAGCAAAGUCCAGCAUGGCCAUCUGCGCGACUGGCAUCAUCCGGCCCGAGCGACUUAUGCAGAACACUGAUCUGGUGGAGCAGAUGCCGAAUCACCAGGACUUUCUCCAGCUCGGGGCCGGCUUGAGCAUGGGACUUUGCGGGCUUGCUGCGGGAUCCCCUAUUGGUAUCGUUGGAGAUGCUGGAGUGAGAGCCAGUAUGCAGCAGCCGCGUCUCUGCGUUGGAUUGAUUCUGCUCCUUGUCUUUGCCGGGGUUCCUGGUCUCUACGGUGUCAUUGUUUCCAUCCUCAUACUCACAAAGUCCCGCCAGAACGUGAACAAGUGUCGCUUUUAAGGCGUUUAUGUUGCGUGGCCAUAUGUUGCUCCUGUGAGGUCUUACGACGGGGCACCGAGACGGAAACUGUAAUCACUACGAUAUGAGAAUGGACGAGAGCGAGUAGAAGACAAAUUUCAAUCCAAGCUGUAUUCCAAGGAUACUUCAUGAAUUAAAUGAGAGACUUUCUGGCAGGAGACAGUCAAUUGUGCUUCCCGCUAUUGACUCCAGCUAAGAUAUUUGUCAACG